UCGCGUUUUGUCAAACUCGCGAUUGAUCAGUUCCGAAAGAACUGAAGAACAGGUUCGAUUUUUCGCCAAUUCGGGUUGAAGGUCGUACACAAAUUUCAUAGAUCAAUCGUACGUGUCUCGAUCUCGUCUAAAAAGUUGAGAACAUAUAGCAAUUGAUACGAAAAAAUGGUGCUUUCCAAACCUGUCAAUAUCUUUUAUGGUCUCAUCGGCGCAUAUUUACAACGGCUCUACUACAGUCCUUUAAAAACAAAAGCUAUAACGAGUUGUAUUAUCGGCGCUCUUGGAAAUGUGGUAUCUCAGAAAUUAUCCGGCGUCAAGCAGCUUAAUGAAGACAGUAUCUUGGCUUUUGCUCUAUUUGGAUUAUUGUUUGGAGGUCCGGUACCCCAUUACUUUUAUACAUAUAUACAAUUGUUUGUGAAACAUCCUCUAGGAAUUCUUCUAAUAGAGAGACUUAUUUACACACCGUGUUUCCAAGCUUUUGCACUUUAUCUACUUGCCAUCUUUGAGGGCAAAACCCAUCAAGUGGCAUAUGCUCAGAUGCAAAAAUUAUAUUUACCAACAUUGAUGGCUAAUCUGAAAUAUUUGACAUUGUUUCACUAUAUCAACAUAAGAUAUGUUCCACCAAUGUUGAGAGUCUUGAUAGUCAAUUUGAUUAAUUUUGUAUGGAUUAUCUAUGUUGCCAAUAAAAGAGCAAAAGCUUCGAAAGAGAAAUAGAAAAACACGAGGAUCUAUUGUAAUUAUUAUUA